AUGCAUUCAUUAGUUCGUAGGUCUAUUCCUAGAUUAAGGAUAGUGCAUUCAUAUCCUAGACAUCGUAUUAUACCGAUUUAUCAUCAAACGAGAAAAUUCAACCAAAUAGUUGAAAAUUUUGUUCAAGAAUUACAAGAAGAAGAAUCAGGUAAUAAUAAAAACAAAAAGAAAAAAUCAGAUAAUCAAGAUGAUGAAGAACCAAGUAAAUUUGAUAGAUUCAAAUCAUUUUUAAUGAAAUGUUUAGAAACUAUAGGAAUUACGUUAUCUUCAGUUGGUGUAUUAGGAUUAACUGGGUUUGUUUAUCAUAGAUAUUAUAAUGUUCAUGUUUUAAAUAAAAUGAAUGAAGCUUUUGAAACAGGUGAUCCUGCUGCUCAAUUAGCUAUGCAUAAAAGAACUCAUAAUGAAGAUAAUGAUGAUGAAGAAAAUAUAUCACACAAUGAACAUUGGGUUGAUCGUCCACAACAAAAAUUAUUGGAUGAUAUAAUUGCUGGUGAAAUUAUUGGAAGAUAUUUCUUAAUUAUUGGUGAAAAGGGAACAGGUAAAACAUCAUUGAUUUUAGAAGCUAUGAAAAAAGUUAAUGGAUUUAAUGUUAGUAUAUUUGAUGCUCAUGCUGAUCCAGAAAUUUUUAGACUUCGAUUAGGUAAAGCUUUGAAUUAUUCUUUUAAUGAAGAUUAUAUUGGUUCAUUGUUUUCAAUUAGAGGUCCUAGAGAUACCACUGCAUUGUUGGAUAUUGAAAGAGCUUUUAGUAAAUUAGAAGAAUUAGCCAUUCAAAGAGUCAACAAAGUUCAUAAACCUUUGAUUAUGAUUAUUAACAAUGCCCAUUUGAUUAAAGAGAACGAAGAAGGGGUUAAAUUACUAGAAUUGUUACAACAAAAGGCCGAAAGUUUAAGUGGAUCCGGUUUAUUAACUUUGAUAUUCAAUAGUGAUGAUUAUUGGGUCUAUGAAAAAUUAAAACAAUUAGGUACUAGAUUGGAAUUGAUUAAUGUUAGAGAUUUCAAUAGAAAAGAAACCAUUAAUGCAUUGAAAUAUAUUAGACAUAGAUAUUUCCCUUCCAAACAAUAUAGUUUAGAUGAUGAUGUGUGUAAUGCUGUUUAUGAUUUGAUUGGUGGUAGACCACAACAUAUUACUCAAGUUGCUCGUCAUAAAGAUAUAAUUAAAGCUUGUCAUCAAAUCAUUGAUAGAGAAAAAACCUGGUUUUUGAAUCAAUGUGGAUUAUUAGGUUUUGAAAUGGAUGAUGAUGUUAUGGAAAGUGGGAAAUUCUCCAGUUCUGCCAUGUUAUUAAUGAGAGAAUUUGUUGAAAUGGAUAGAAAAAGAAUGAACACUUUAAUCACCAAUUCAAAAACCAAAUCAGAUGCAAAAGAUCAUGUAUUACCGGAAUUACCAUUAUGGAGAGCUAGACAAAUCAUGACAAGACCUGAUUAUAUUCAAAAAUAUGAUAAUUUGAAUAUUUUCACCAUUGAUUCAGAAUCAAGAGUUAGAGCAGAUAGUGUUCCUAUGAUGAGAGGUUUCCAUGAAAUUGCAUCACAACCUCAUUUUGAUCAAUUAUUAGAGGAUACUUGUGAUAGAGUUGCUGAUAUCGAAGCAUUAGGAAGAACAAGAGAGAUUGUUAUGAAAGAUUUGAAUUUAGGAAGUCAUUAUGAAAUGCUCAAGAAUCGUGAUGGUAUAACUAAAUUCACUAUGGUUAAAUCACCAAAGGAGGCUGAUUUACAUGGAGAUUUUACUGAUUUCAAUAAAGAAGGAGAAAAUAACAACGGUGAUGAAGACGAAGAUGAAGAUGAUUUAUAUUUAGAAGAAAUUAAUCGUAAAGAUAGUAAGAAAUGGUGGAAAAAGAGAAUGCAAAGAUAUGAACAAUUGUAUCUUCCAAGCAAUUACAAUAGAAAUAUUCAAGAAAGUGAUGAUUUGAAUAGAGUUGGUGAAAAUAACCAGUAA